CAAGGAUGAACAAACUUAGAGAAAGUUCAAACAAUUAAGAUAUGUUGAUAGUAAUUCCAAAGGCUUCUUACUGAGCAAAAUCAAAAGUUCUUUCAGCAAGGAGUAUAUUGGGAGUUUGAGAAUAAUCAAGUAAUAAUCGAUGGAUCAAGUCACUCAACAUCUACACAUGAAUGCGGGCAUUGCAGAAACUAGUUAUGCUUCCAACUCAUCAGCUCAGAAGAAUUCUAUAUACAAAACAAAGGCAGUGGUAGAGGAAGUAAUACUGGACGUAUUGUCGAAAUUUCAUGGUAGUGCCAUCUCUACAACUGCGAAGCUGAAGAGUAUAUGCAUUGCAGAUUUAGGCUGUUCUUCUGGACCCAAUGCACUGUUGGAUACCAUUCAUAACAAAUAUCGCAAAUCUGACAGCAUUAUGCCCGAGAUCCUCGUGUUUCUUAAUGAUCUUCCUGGGAAUGACUUCAACACCCUGUUCAAGAACUUGGAAAGUUUUCAAGACGAAUUAAGGGAAACCAAUGGCGAUGGUUUUGGACCAUGUUUUGUAACUGGAACGCCUGGCACAUUUUAUGGUAGACUUUUUCCUAGAGGCUCUCUUCACUUUGUUCAUUCUUCCUAUAGUCUUCACUGCUUAUAUAAGGUUCCUCAAGGGAUCGAACAGAGCAACAAGGGAAACUUAUAUAUUUCAAAAUCAAGUCCACCAUCUGUUGUUGAAGCAUACUUGGAGCAGUUCAACACAGAUUUUAUGGUUUUUCUGAAGUGUCGCUCUGUGGAAUUAGUUGAUGGAGGAAGAAUGGUGUUGACACUUUCGGGAAGGAGAAAUUCAGAUCCUACCAGUAAAGAGUGUUGCAGUGUAUGGGAUCUAUUAGUCACUGCAUUCAAGGAUAUGAUUACAAAGGGAAUGGUUGAAGAAGAGAAACUAGAUUCCUUUAACUUUCCAAUUUACUUUCCAUCCCCUGAGGAAGUGCAGGCGGUAAUUCAGAGUGAAGGUUCCUUCAUGGUUGAUCAACUACAUGCAUAUAAUGUGAACUGGGACGGAAGUGAUUCUCGCGAAGAUAGAAGUUCAGUGACAGAGAAGUACAGAAGUAGCUAUGACACAGCUAAGUGCAUUAGAGCUGUGUCUGAAUCGUUACUGGUGAGUCACUUCGGGGAGGAGAUAAUCGAUGAAUUGUUCUGCAGGUACAGGGAGAAUGUUGCAAGCUACGCAACCAAAGAGAAAACCGAGUACACUAACUUGGUUAUCUCCAUGACAAAGGGGGGAAAAGUUGUCCCUGAAUCAUAAGCUGCAUAAAUAAGUGAAAAAAAUGUACAUCUUUCAUUC